UUGGAGCCAAGCCGACAGACGACCAAUGGCCAUGGGGCACGCACCGGAAAGAAAGAGAAGAACCAUCGACGCCGCAUCAGCUGGGGCAGACAAUCAGCACUUGUGGACGGCGCAUCCGUCCGAGACUCGCUUCAUUCGCAAUGGCUGAACCCAACGGGGAGCGAGGUCAUCCAGUGAGGGUGAACGUGAAGAAUUUGAGCUCCGGCUGCACCGAGGAGGAGCUGCGGCGGCUCUUCGGGGCCUGCGGCACCGUCACAGAGGCAGAGGUGAAGAAGAACCCCGACGGCAGCUGCCGGGGCAUGGGCUUUGUGUGCUUCGCGACUCAGGAGGAGGCGGAGAAAGCCGUAAACGAGACAAAUGGGAUGGAAGUGGAGGAGCGGCAGCUCAGCGUGAAGAUUGUGGAGCGCCGCGAGAAAGGUGAAGGCAAGGGCAAAGGCAAAGGCAAGCACAAGGCGACAUAUGCUCAACCAAACUGGUAUGGUCAGCAAAUGGACCCCAUGGCGGCGAUGGGCUACCCGUUCUACGAGUACAGCAUGAUGAACCCGUACGGCUACGACAUGGGCGCCAUGUACAACGCCAUGUACGGCCAGCCCAGCAUGUUCAACGGCUUUUCCAUGGCCAUGCCCGAGGUGCACAAGGCCCACGCACACCCGGCGGCAGUGGACCCGGCUGCGAUUGCGGCACUGCAGCAAGCGCAGAUGUUCGCGCUGCAGCAGGUGCAGGCGGCGGCCGCCUCCAGCGAAGCGAGAUCCAAAGGCAAGAGCAAAGGCAAGAGCAAGGGCAAGCCCCAGCAGGAGACCGCGGCAGUCGCUGACCCGCCUCCUCCCGACAAGGAAUUUACUGGCUACUUGAAGUCCGUGAGUGAGAAGAACGGCUACGGCUUUAUCGUGUGCACCGAGAUUCAGGAGCGUUUUAACCGAGACGUGUGGAUAGAUAGCAACUUGCUGCCCGAAGGGGCAGAUCCGGAGGCUCAGACCCAGAUGAAGUUCAAUGUGACCCUGAGCUUGAAAGGCCACCCACAGGCCAAGAACGUGAAGCUGCUCUGAGCUCGCGAAGUCGCGAAGUCGCGGACAUGGGACGGACAAAGCCCCCGAUGUUUUGCUCGGGUUGCAGGGGAACCGCGG